GGCUACCUACCUGCAACUAGAACUAAAAACACACAAUAACAGAAAUGCAAACUGCACCCCAGUUAGCGGAGCACGGAAUUAUUUCCGCAUGAGACGCAUAGGUGUGUGAAAACUGUCACCCUCGAUCCUUGUUUAAUCGCAUCGGCUAGACAGAUUCUAAUUGUACAGUUCACAUAUUGGGGAUGUGCAAGAAAUUCGGUUCACAUUUCAAUGUGAACUAUGUGGUUUACACUUUCCCAACGAAAUAUGCAAACAGAGGCUGCUGUCCCUUCAAAAUUUGCACUUGCCAGAUGCUGUGAUUCAGUUCACCAACCAAGUAAUGUUGGGGGUGUGCAUCUAGUAGGAGAAAAGUGGCACCAAAGUGUUCACAUACAAGAAUGUGUUAUGUGAUAUAAAACGGCUCAUGAAGAUGCUUAUAUGAGGCAAAAGUGCAUGCACAAAAUUGUGUGUCUUAGGGGAAAUUCUCGCUGAAAAGCUGGAAAAUUUUCAUGAAGAAUUUAAAAAGGAAUUGCAAACUGACGUGGAAAUGUGGCCAGAAAAAUCAGAAACGGAUCCAGACACAUUUGUCUAUCUCUUUGAACUUGUCCUGUCUUGACACGAUGACCUAAAGGCCAGCGCUGGAGUGUCCAGGUGUGUAAAAACGAACGCCAAUGUCUUUGCAGGCCCUCUUGGCUUCCCAAGAGCCUUGGAGCUGGCGAGGGCUGGUGUCCCUUUAAGAGCUCUAGCUGUUUGUCACUGGAGCGCCGAGCCAAGCUGCUCUGCCAGCUCAGGAGCAGGAGGGAGAAGGGCCUGAACUGUAGGGAAAGCAAACAUCCCAGAGGACGGGCCAGAUCCGAGGCGAGGAGGGGGAGGAAACCCUCUAGGCCUCCCGAAAUGUUGCGGGUCUUCGUUCUCCACGCACAGAACGUCCAGAGUCCAGAUACGGAUAUCAGCGAUGCUUAUUGCUCAGUGGUGUUUGAAGGGGUGAAGAAGAGAACCAAGGUGAUCAAGAACAACGUCAACCCUGUGUGGAACGAGGGCUUUGAGUGGGACCUGAAAGGGAUUCCAUUAGAUCAGAAUGCAGAGCUCCACGUCGUCGUCAAAGACCAUGAGAAGAUGGGCAGAAACAGGUUCCUGGGUGAAGCCCAAGUACCCCUGCGGGACGUCCUGGCAUCUCCCAACCUGGCGGCCAGCUUCAACGUUCCCUUGCUGGAUGCCAAGGGGCAGAGCACCGGGGCGUGUCUCAUCCUGCAAGCCUCCUAUGUCCCGCCUCCUGGGGCUGCUCCUUUGUUUCCGCCUCCUGCCCCCCCAGAGCCAAAUCCAACCCCCGUUGAGCUGGACACGGUGACAGAUACAGCUGGCGAGGAAGAGUCUGAGGACCCCCUUGGGACGGGCGAUGAAGCUGAUCCUUCCACGGGACCCUCGGCGCCGGAUCAAGUCUCCCUGCCCAAGAAGCCCCCAUCGCACGUGGUCCACGGGACCAAGAGGAGGAGAGGCGCCUCCCAAAAGCUCCUGUCCAACAAGCCACAAGACUUCCAGAUCCGGGUGCGAGUCAUCGAAGGCCGGCAGCUUCCUGGACUCAACAUCAAGUCUGUGGUGAAGGUCACGGCUGCUGGGCAGACCAAGAGGACCAGGAUCCGCAAAGGGAACUGCCCCGUCUUUGAUGAGACCUUUUUCUUCAAUGUCUUUGAAUCCCCGAUGGAGCUGUUCGACGAGCCCGUAUUCAUCACAGUCAUCGAUUCUUGCUCUCUCCGGACGGAUUCUGUCCUUGGAGAAUUCCGGGUGGAUGUUGGGACAAUUUAUGCCGAACCCAGACACGCCUUCCUCCGAAAGUGGCUCCUCCUUUCCGAUCCGGAGGAUUUUUCGGCAGGGGCUAAAGGCUACCUGAAGGUCAGCUUGUACGUCCUGGGCCCUGGCGACGAAGCGCCUGUGGAGAGGAAGGAAACGGCCGAAGAGAAGGAGGACAUCGAAGGAAACGUCCUCAGGGCGACAGGGGUCUCUCUGAGAGGGGCCCAUUUCUCCCUCAAAGUGUACCGAGCGGAGGACCUGCCCCAGAUGGAUGAUGCCGUCCUCGACAGUGUCAAGCAGAUCUUUGGCUUUGACAGCAGCAAGAAGAACUUGGUGGAUCCUUUUGUGGAAGUGACCUUUGCCGGGAAAACGCUGUGCAGCAAGAUAGUGGAAAGGAACGCCAACCCCCAGUGGAACCAGAGCAUCACUCUGCCGGCCAUGUUUCCAUCCAUGUGUGAGAGGAUGAGGAUCCGGGUGAUGGACUGGGACCGGGUCACUCACAACGACAUCAUUGGCACGAUCCAUCUUUGCAUGUCCAAGAUCUCAGCUCCUGGAGGGGAACUGGAAGAGGAGUUUCCUGUCCCUGUGAAGCCUUUCAAAGCUACCAACAUCGACGAUGCGCUGGGUUUCUUGCCCACUUUUGGACCCUGUUACGUCAACCUGUAUGGCAGCCCCAGGGAGUUCACGGGAUUUCCGGACCCCUACGAGGAGCUCAACCUGGGAAAGGGAGAAGGGGUGGCUUAUCGCGGCCGGUUGCUGGUGGAGCUGGAGACCAAGUUGGUGGACCACGUGGAGCAGAAGGUCGGGGACAUUCCUCCCGAUGACAUCCUGCUGGUGGAGAAGUACCUUCGCCGGAGGAAAUACUGUCUCUUUGCCGCCUUCUAUUCGGCCACCAUGUUGCAGAAUGUGGACGAUGCCAUCCAGUUUGAGGUCAGCGUGGGCAACUAUGGCAACAAGUUUGACAGCACCUGCCUCCCUCUGGCUUCUACCACCCAGUACAGCCGAGCCGUGUUUGAUGGCUGUCAGUAUUACUACCUGCCGUGGGGCAACGUGAAGCCGGUCGUGGUCCUCUCCUCCUACUGGGAAGACAUCAGCCACAGGACCGAUGUGCAGAAUCGCCUCUGUGGCGCCGCAGACCGGCUGGAAGAGAACUUGGCGCUGGUCCAGCUGGCCAUCAAAGCCAAGUGCUCCGUGGGCGACCUGGACACUCUUGUUGCUCGGCUGAUCGAUGAGGUCAUCGUGGACUGCAGCCAGCCGCUGGUGGACGUCACCCAGAAGCCAACCAGCACCCACCUGGACAAGUUCCUGUAUCGCUUCCGCAGCAUCAAUCUCAACCAGAUUGUCGAGGCGGCUCUGAGGUUGAAGCAUGAAGACUCGGACCUCCAGAUGGUGCUGGACCAGGCGGAAGACUGGCUCUCCAGGCUGAAAUCCAUGGCGGAGGAGCCUCAGAACAGCCUGCCAGACGUAAUCAUCUGGAUGUUGCAAGGUGACCGCCGCGUGGCUUAUGCCCGGGUGCCGGCCCACGAGGUCCUCUUUUCCCGGAAUGGGGCCAGUUGCUGCGGCAAAAACUGCGGGAAGCUCCAGACCAUUUUCUUGAAGUGUCCUCAAGGGGAGGCGAUGGGGCCCAUUAUCCCGGCCCAGAUCCGGGUGCAACUGUGGCUGGGGCUGGCCGUGGACGAGAAGGAAUUCAACAAGUCAGCCGAGGGGAGGCUCUCGGUCUUCGCUGAAACGUAUGAAAACCAGACCAAGCUGGCAUUGGUGGGCAACUGGGGUACCACCGGCCUGACCUACCCCAAGUACUCAGAUGUCACCGGGAAGAUUAAGCUGCCAAAGGACAGCUUCAGACCCUCCACUGGCUGGGCCUGGGCUGGAGACUGGUUUGUCAGCCCUGAGAAGACGCUGCUGUACGAUGUGGAUGCUGGACACAUGAGCUUCGUGGAGGAAGUCUUUGAGAAUCAAGUGCGCCUUCCGGGCGGUCAGUGGAUUCACAUGGCGGAGGCCUACACUGAUGUGAAUGGGGAGAAAGUCCUGCCAAAGGAUGAGAUCGAGUGUCCGGUGGGAUGGAAAUGGGAAGACGUGGAAUGGGACACGGAUCUCAACAGAGCAGUCGAUGAGAGAGGGUGGGAAUACGGCUUGACCAUCCCGCCAGACCACAGGCCGAAGUCCUGGGUGCCGGCGGAGAAAAUGUACCACACGAACCGGCGUAGGCGAUGGGUGAGGCUUCGCAGGAGGGACCUGGCGCAGAGGGAAGCUGUGAAGAAGUAUAAACAGGAGGAGCUAGAAGGAGAAGGCUGGGAAUAUGCCUCGCUCUUCGGCGGGAAGUUCCACAUGAAGUACCGCAAGACUGACGCCUUCCGCCGGCGGCGCUGGAGACGUCGGAUGGAGCCCCUCGAGCAAACGGGCGCUGCAGCCGUCUUUGCCCUGGAAGGGGCCCUGGGCGGAGUGACGGAUGACAAGAGUGACGAUGGCAAAUCGGUGUCGACUCUCAACUUUGGUGUGAACCGUCCCACAAUUUCCUGCAUUUUUGACUAUGGGAACAGGUACCACCUGCGAUGUUAUAUCUAUCAAGCGAGGGAUCUGAUUGCCAUGGAUAAGGACAGCUUUUCAGAUCCCUACGCCACCGUCUCCUUCCUACACCAGAGCCAGAAGACGGUGGUUGCAAAGAACACGUUGAACCCCACCUGGGACCAGACCCUGAUCUUCCAUGAGAUCGAGAUCUAUGGAGCCCCCCAGAACAUUGCCGACUCCCCUCCCAACAUCGUGGUUGAAAUCUACGACCACGACACCUAUGGUGCAGACGAGUUCAUGGGGCGCUGCAUUUGCAAGCCAAGCCUGGACCACAAGCCGAGGUUGUCGUGGUACCCCAUCUUGAGGGGCAGCCGUGGAGCGGGAGAGCUGUUGGCUGCCUUUGAGCUCAUCCAGCGCGAGAAGCCGGCCAUCCACCACAUCCCUGGCUUUGAGACCGAGCUGUCGACCGUCUUCGAUGAGCUGUGCACCCACCUCUUCUAUCAGGAAGGGCUUCUCCAAUGGUCUGAAGAUUCGGACCUGCCGUACCCUCCUCCCCAGAGAGAGCCCAACAUCUUCAUGGUCCCUCAGGGGAUCAAGCCCGUCCUUCAGCGUACAGCCAUUGAGAUAUUGGCAUGGGGGCUCCGGAACCUGAAAAGCUACCAGCUGGCCAGUGUGACGUCUCCCAGUCUCCUGGUGGAGUGUGGAGAGAAGAUGGUUCAGUCGUGCGUCAUCAAGAACCUCAAGAAGAACCCCAACUUUGACAUCUCUGUCCUUUUCAUGGAAGUGAACUUGCCAAGGGAAGAUCUGUACUGUCCCCCCAUCAUCAUCAAAGUGAUUGACAACAGGCCCUUUGGCCGGAGGCCGGUGGUGGGGCAGUGCACCAUCCGCUCUCUGGAAGCAUUUUUCUGCGACCCCUACAAGGAGGAGGCCGUGUUCCCUGAAAUGCAUGGAGAUGACGUGAGCCUCACUCCAAGAGAUGAUGUCCUCAUUGAUAUUGAUGACAAAGAACCUCUCAUUCCAGUCCAGCCUGAGGACGGCAUGACCAGCUCAGCUUUCAUUAACACGCAAACUUCCCGGGCCGACCCUCAUGAAGAAGAGUUCAUCGAUUGGUGGAGCAAGUUCUACGCUUCCACGGGCGACCGGGAAAAAUGCGGCUCAUACCUGGAAAAGGGUUUUGACACGCUAAAGGUCUAUGAAACGGAGUUGGAGAACAUAGAAGACUUUGGGGGUCUCUCGGAUUUCUGCAACACCUUUAAGCUGUACCGUGGCAAGACUCAGGAUUCCAAUGAAGACCCGACCGUUGUGGGGGAAUUCAAGGGCGCCUUCAAGAUCUACCCUCUGCCGGAUGACCCCUCGGUGGCAGUCCCUCCUCGCCAGUUCCACCAGCUUCCAGCCCGAGGCCCCCAGGAAUGCCUCGUCCGCGUUUACAUCAUCCGGGCCUUUGAUCUGCAACCAAAGGACUCAAACGGAAAGUGUGACCCUUAUGUCAAGAUAUCUGUGGGGAAGAAAUCCAUCAACGACCAGGAACAUUACCUGCCCUGUACGCUGGAGCCCGUCUUUGGAAAGAUGUUUGAGUUGACGUGUAUCCUGCCCAUGGAGAAGGAUCUGAAGGUCACCCUCUACGACUACGACCUCUUGUCCAAAGACGAGAAAAUCGGGGAAACCACCCUGGACCUCGAGAACCGGUUCCUCUCCAGAUUUGGGUCCCGCUGUGGCCUGCCUCAGACUUACUGCAUUUCUGGUCCCAACCAAUGGAGAGAUCAGCUCCGUCCUUCCCAGCUGCUCCACCUCUUUGCUCUGCAUCGCAACUGGAAGCCUCCUGUCUACAAUCCUGACCGGAUCAUCUUCCGAGAUCAAACCUACCGUCUCCUGGACCUUGAGGAUGGCAAGCCCCCCAACUCGCACCUGGGUCCCCUGGAGGAGAGGCUCGCCUUGUACGCCCUGCAGAAGCAAGGCCUGGUCCCCGAGCAUGUUGAGACAAGGCGGCUGUACAGCCCCCUGCAACCGGACAUCGAGCAGGGGAAACUCCAGAUGUGGGUUGAUGUGUUUCCCAAAUCCCUAGGGCCCCCGGGGCCCCCAUUCAACGUGACCCCACGGAAAGCAAAGAGGUUCUACCUGCGCUGCGUUAUCUGGAACGCCAAAAACGUCAUCCUGGACGACCUCAGCAUCACGGGGGAGAAGAUGAGUGACAUCUACGUCAAAGGGUGGCUGGUCGGUUACGAAGAGAACAAGCAGAAGACGGACGUGCAUUACCGGUCGAUGGGAGGCGAAGGCAAUUUCAACUGGCGGUUUGUCUUCCCCUUUGACUACCUCCCUGCUGAGCAGGUCUGCUACGUCUCCAAGAAAGAGCAUUUCUGGAGCCUGGACAAGACAGAGAACAAAGUUCGUCCGCAGCUGGUCCUUCAGAUCUGGGACAACGACAAGUUUUCUUUUGAUGACUACUUGGGUUCCAUCCAGCUGGAUCUCAACUGCAUGCUGAAGCCGGUCAAGACAGCCGAGAAGUGCACGGUGGACCUGCUUGACGCCGCGGAGCGGGUGGUCUCUCUCUUCGAGCAGAAGACAGUGAAGGGCUGGUGGCCUUGCGUGGCAGAGGAGAACGGAGAAAAGACCAUUGGAGGAAAGUUGGAAAUGACCCUGGAGAUCAUCAAUGAGCAAGAGCAUGAAGAACGGCCGGCUGGGUUGGGCCGGGAUGAGCCAAACAUGAAUCCCAAGCUGGAGGACCCAAAACGCCCAGAGACCUCCUUCCUGUGGUUCACCUCCCCCUACAAGACUCUGAAGUAUAUCCUGUGGAGACGGUUCAAGUGGGUCUUCCUUGUCUUCCUCUUAAUCUUCAUUCUGCUGCUCUUCCUGGGAAUCUUCAUCUAUGCCUUCCCGAACUAUGCUGCCAUGAAGCUGGUGAAGCCCUUCAGCUGAGCGAGGGCCAGGGAGGAGAAAGAGCUGCUGGGAAGGAGCCCAGAACCCGCUGAGAUCCCCGGACGGUGCCACCUUCCCAAAGGCACAGCCUGACCUCUGCCACGCUGUGCAAAGGGGGAACAGAACUUGUGGUGCCUCCUGGCAGAAACUGCACUCUACACACACACACACACACACACACACACACACACACAAAACCCCUCCCUCCUCACUUUUCCAACCCUGCAGCAACUGCUGCUCAGGUGACUGAACUGGUAUACCAAAGCUGGCCUUUCCCCCAACCCUCUCCGGGCUUGUUUUCUGUAUAGAGAAGCUGAAAGAGCUUCCUUGAGACCUCCCUCGGACACCGGGACUUCUUGCCCAUCGGUAGCCGGCCCAGGAGGAGAGCUGGAUCCUCUCAUGCCACUUCCUCUUCCGGUAUCGGCAAGGUGCACGAAGCCUCUUGGAAACGGGAAAAGCACGGUCUGGUGGGUUUUUAGGAUCUGGACCCUGGAAUCCUCCACACCCCAUAAUCCAGAUACUCCCCAGUGUUCCUGUCUACCAGGGGUGGGUCCUGUUUCAUGAUCCCUCUCAUUGAAAAAAACUCUGAUUCGGUCAGUUUCCGGGGUGCCUUACGCAAAUAUUCGUGUGAGCUUCUUCAAGUCCCAGCCGCCUUCUUCACUACCCCGUCUCCAGGUUCUCUAGGGCUGAAAUCUCUGGUGCACCCCCACCUCUCGUGCCUGGGUCAAUGCAAGCACUCGAACAGAGGGCCGCCAUUUUCCGCACUGCGGCACUUAAAGUAUAUUUUGCGCUGUUGGCCAAAGAUUGGAGGGCGACGGCAUUUUUCUUUGGAACAAAUACUCUAUUUGUUAAAAAGUCUGUGGUGAGCAGGCUUGGAAAGGAUUAAUGAGCAGAGCAGAUGGAGAAGAUCCACUUGUAAUGAGAAUUGGGGUGUGUAAUAUUUCACCUGUUUGACAGCACCCAAAAUCCUGUGCUCAUAACCAGGGAUUCAAUUUUGUUUUAACUUUAAUGAGAAACUAUCCAAUGCACACUUUCUGAUCUGCAAAUUGAAACACACCUGUUCUUUGAAAUUUGCACCUCUCUGAGUUUUGCCGGUCAGUUCCCCAGCCAAACAGUGUGUACAAAAUGCCCAUAGCUGCCAAGUUAUCCCUUUUUUUUUAAGGGAUUUUCCCUUAUGCUGAAUAGGCUUCCUCGUGAGAAAAGGGAAAACUUGGCAGCUAUGAAAAUGCCACGUAUUAGAAAGGAAGUGUGCAUUAAAAAUGCAGACAGUAGUGAAACUGGCAUACAAAAAUGCAUUAUGCUCGAGAAAAUUGCUUUGCAAAAAUGUGUAUAUUAGUUAAAAUUGCAUACAAAAAUGCGUACAUUAGGAGGAACUAAAAUGCCCAUGGUUUUUUUUUAAAGAAAUAGCAAAUUGUUGCCAAAAUGGGGAGAACUGAAUUUAAGAUCAGAAAAAAGAGGAAACAAUAGAAACCGAAACAGACAGAUUUGUCUAUCCCGCGUCUAACUAAUUCCACAAUUGUCACAGGCAAUCAAAUUGUUCCAAUUCUGAUAAGAUAAAUCAGACCGUUACAGAAUUCAGGGCAGAUGAAAGGAGCUGGAAUUGGUGAGCAACUAUCAUAUUUGGCCAAAUGAAGGCAAGAGAUAAGAUGCCUGGCAGAAGACCAGAGAGGAAAUAGAAUCAUUGUCAGGCUCCAGAAAAAAUGCGAUAAUCAUCUCUGAUGGAGCAGAAACAAAUUUGGAGGACCAUCUGGGUGGAUGUUCUCCCUCUGCAGCUUCAUUCCAUGUUCUUGUGCCAACCCCAGGCACUUCUGCAGGGCUUGAGCAGGAGAACUUCUCGCUGGAUCAUGCUCUUGAGAAGUAGACGAUCAGGGUUAAAAUUCGCCAAGCUUAGAUUGACUUCCAAACAUUUCAAAAAUAAGUACAGUACUAGGCGAUUUGUUUUGGACAGCAUUUGCAAAGACCUUGCAACGGGGCUGAAGACAGAGGCUGCUUCCCCCUCCCGCCCCCUAAUGCAAAGUUGUCAAGUUUCAAAAUGUGAAGAGAUUGAAAAUGUUGCCAGGUUUCACAUUGGUGAGAAAUGCUUUUUUCAGAUCUGCCCUCUGGCAGCUGGACCUGCCACAGCUGUCGACUGCUGGCAGGCUGGACUAAGUUAUUAUUGGGCUGCAAAGGAGAACACGAACACACACACACACACACACACACACACACACUCUGCCCCAAUUCUUUUUAUUUUUAUUUUUUCUAGCAACUCCUGACAUGCUUCCAAUCUGACUCUGCCCGUUUUCCAGUCCAAAUCCUGGACCUCCCAUCAACCGACCUACUUUGGCCAGCGUAAUGUGGCUGUUCCCCCAUCAGCAAAUCUGCAAAAACUGGAAUGGCAGAUUUUCAUUGCUUUGCCGAGCAAGCCUUUGCCUGUCUGCUCAGAAGCAAACCCUUCUGAAUCCCAUAGGACUUCCUCUUGAGAAAAGAGUGCUUAGGAUCACAGCCAUAAAUUAACAGAGAACCUUUGGGUCAACUGGGCUGCCGAUUUCAAGACAAGCUGCGAUUGUUUUCCCCCUCAUGCAAGUGUUUUCUGAAUGCUAUGCCUUCUCUGGGGCCUGGAAGUUUGCUUCCCCACCCUCCAGAACAAUUGUUUUUACUUCUUAUGCAAAUAUGUGUAGAUUUAAUCAGUGCUUUCAUCUCUUAGCGACUGAACAAUUUAAUUGGCUUGCAACUUAUUUCACUGCUUGGCAGCCAGUGAACAUACCUAAUUCUCACUUUCUGAAACAAGAAGGGAAUCGAGAUGCCAUGAUCCGUCGAAAUUCGCUGUUUUCUGAAUUUUGCAAUGCAGUCCUCCAUUCUCAGGCGAGGCGACUAAAAAUGUGUACGUUUGUGAAAGUAAUAUGAAAAGAUUCACUAUGUAAGGGGGGAUUGCUUUGCAGGAAUGUGUGUGUGUGUGUUAUGCAAAAGUGCACCUCCACCCCAAAUUGAGAUAGUUAGAAGAAAUUUACGCUAAAAUGAUGACAGAUGUUCACGAGGACUUGGAACUUCAGAGUGGAAAAAUGAGAAACUGAGAGAAAUUCGCUCAUCCCUAGCAAUGGUCCCACCAAAUGGCAACCAUUCAGCAGUUGGGGGAAUGAUUCUGCUGACAGUAGCCCACAUGGAUCCUCUUGGACUCUGAUAUAGCAUAACCUUGACAGACGCCUGGGACCCAACUCUUGCUUGCUCAAAGGGUUUAUUCUGUUUCCUGGCCUGGGUGCUCAGGCCCGAAAAGCAGGCUAGGAGUGAGCCCCAAUCAGUUUUGCAUUUUAUUUUGUUUUAUGCAAUAUUAUGGAGCACCUUCUGCAGGCCUGAUCUUUGCUGCAGCUGAGACAAACCAGAAGCCACAUAUAAAACUGCUUCAGAGCCGCUCCAGAGCUCAGGGCUCUUUGAAAGGGAGGUGGCUGGGAGUUUUCUGUAUCACCUGUAUUUGCCUUGGAAGCAAUAUCGCAAUUGCAUUGCGGUUACCAAUGAAAUCCUAUUAAACCUCC